GUGUAAUAUCCAAAGUCGCCUGAAGGUGGAAGCAGUGCGAACGUCGGUCCGUUCGGAAGUCAGAGAAGAAGAAAGUCACCAUGACUGACAGUAAAGUAGAGGAAAAUCCUCCCAAAUCGGUAGAUAUUUCAGCUGCAGAUGCUCCUAAACUGUCUGAAAAUGACGGCGCAGACGGAGCUGAGUCUGGGUUCACGCAGGACCUGAAGAGCGUUCUUGUUACCAGCGUUUUAAACCUGGAGGAGCUGGACGUGGACCUGUACAGGGGAACACAUCACUGGGUCCCCCGCACUCAGAGGCUGUUCGGAGGCCAAAUCAUUGGUCAGGCUCUGGUGGCUGCAGCCAAGUCUGUUGGCGAGAACCUGUACGCUCACUCCCUGCACUGCUACUUCGUACGAGCAGGGGACCCAAAGGUUCCGGUGCUGUACCAGGUGGACCGCACCAGAGAUGGCCGCAGCUUCACCGUUCGCUCUGUGAAGGCCAUCCAGCAUGGCCAGCCUAUACUGAUCUGCCAGGCGUCCUUCCAGAUGCUGCAGCCCAGCCCUCUGCAGCAUCAGUUCAGCAUGCCCGAGGUCCCUCAGCCGGAAGAGCUGCCCACCGUGGAGGAACUUAUUCACCAAUAUCUUAGUAAUUCAGACCUGACGGAAAGUGCGAAAGACGGGCUAAAUAAGAUUCUGGCGUCUGAGGUCCCCAUCGAGAUCAAACCCGUCAACCCGACGCUCUUCUACAGAAUUACACCUGGAGAGCCAAGGCGUUAUUUUUGGGGGCGCGCUCGGGGUUUUAUUGGUGAAGGUAACAUGAAGCUGCACUGCUGCGUGGCUGCAUACGUGUCCGACUUUGCUCUGCUGGGCACCGCCCUGCUGCCGUACUCCAAAUACAAGGCCAGGUUCGCUGCCUCCCUGGAUCACGCCAUGUGGUUCCACAGCACCUUCCGGAGCGACGAGUGGAUGCUGUAUGAGUGUGAAAGCCCAUGGGCAGGGAGCAGCAGAGGGCUGGUUCAAGGUCGACUGUGGAGAAGAGACGGCGUGCUGGCGGCCUCCUGCGCCCAGGAAGGAGUCCUGAGAGUCAAAGCAGUUACACAGACCAGCAAACUAUAGGCGCAUUACUCUGACAUACAUUUUUGUGCACAUUUGCUUUGAUGUAAUUAAUAUCAUUGUUGUUAUGGAGAGCCUCAAUAAAGACAUUUGAAAGUGUAAAAUAGAGAAUUGCACUUUAUAUAAACUUAAAUGUUGAUGUCAAAGAUGUUCUACAUUCAGGAUUUACAUUUUCAGACAAAAAGGUGGACAAAAAACUAAAUGAUGCACAAAAAAACUUAGAAACUGAAGAAAAAUAACAAACCUAAAUGAUACUAAUGAAAUGAAUGUAUAAAAAUACUUCAAAAAAAGUUGUGAAAAGUUGAGGUUUGUUUAAAUAGUAAAUUUGAGCACUUUAGAGAUUACUACUUAUUUUAUGACUCUAAAGGAUGUAUGGUAACGCGUAACACUGAAAUUCACUUCAUUUUUUUCAUCUAUCAGUAUUGGGUUUUUUAUUAUAGAAAAGCUGAAGGUUUCUUUGUUUCUACACUGUUAUUCUUACAAGAUUGUGAAUCUGUUUUGAUAUAAUUGAUGCAAAUAUUACUACUGAGAUAAU